AUGCCUUACAAGUUGUCGGCAACCCUAAAAGCCCAUACAUCUGAUGUUCGCGCAUCGUGUUCACCGACCAAUGAGCUCAUUCUUUCAGCCUCUCGCGACUCCACCGCAAUAUGUUGGCAACGAUCUUCCGCGGGACCUCACUUUACACCCGACAACGUCCUUCGAGCUGGCUCUCGGUACCUCAACGCUGUCACAUACAUCCCCCCCACUUUAGAUGCACCGAAAGGCAGGCACCAUCCAAAAGACGAUCCGGAUUUUUCGCUCCUGGGCCACACCGAAAACAUCUGCGCCUUACAUGCUACACCGUCUGGCACCAUCAUAUCUGGCUCGUGGGACAAAACCGCCAAAGUUUGGAGGAACUUUGCUUUGCUUUACGAUCUGAAAGGUCAUCAGCAAUCGGUGUGGGCAGUGCUAGCUCUCGAUGAGGACAGAUUCUUGACAGGUUCCGCCGACAAAUCGAUCCGGCUUUGGCAACAACACAAGAUGCUUCAAACCUAUAUUGGCCACCAAGACGCGGUGCGUGGGUUAGCCUUGGUUCCAGAUAUAGGCUUCGCAUCGUGCUCGAAUGAUAGGGGGGUGAUUGCCGAAAUCCGUGUGUGGACACUGGGCGGCGAUCUGGUUUACACACUCUCAGGACAUACAUCAUUCGUUUACAGUCUGUCGGUUCUCUCCAGCGGCGAUAUUAUCUCUGCAGGCGAGGAUCGUACUGUCCGCAUCUGGAAGGAUGGUGAAUGCUCACAAAUCAUCACUCAUCCUGCUAUUUCUGUUUGGACGGUGUCCAGUAUGCCGAACGGAGAUAUCGUUAGUGGAUGUAGCGAUGGCAUUGUUCGCGUUUUCAGUGCCUCCGAGGAUCGCUGGAUGUCGCAGGGCGAUCUGAAGGAGUACGAUUUACUUGUUGCAAGUCAGGCGUUGCCCUCCCAACAAGUUGGAGAUGUCAAGAAGAAUGACCUUCCUGGUGUAGAAACCCUUUUGAGUCCAGGGAAAAAGUCUGGUGAGGUGAAGAUGCUCAACAAUCAAGGCAUAGUGGAAGCUCACCAGUGGGAUGCCGCUACUUCAACCUGGCACAAGAUUGGAGAUGUCGUUGAUGCCGUAGGGCAAAGUCGCAAGCAACUCUAUCAAGGAAAAGAAUACGAUUACGUUUUCGAUGUUGACAUCCAGGAUGGCGUACCGCCGCUGAAAUUGCCGUACAAUGCGACCGAAAAUCCCUUUGCCGCGGCGCAGCGUUUUCUUGAGAGUAACGAUCUGCCGUUGACCUAUAUCGACGAAGUUGUCCGAUUCAUAGAGAAAAACACAGCACCCGUCGAUAUUGGAGCUCAAGGAGAGGAAUACGUGGAUCCUUACACAGGCAAGGAAGGGUAUACUGAUAUCUUAUAG